CAUCGUCAACAAGGCUGUCACGUUUGAGUCACCCGCUCCGAUCAGUUUAUUUUGGGAAAAUGUUCUGUUAUUAGCUCCUCGGCAUGCUUACCCAUAGAUUAUGCGCCCGUGGGGUUCCCCUGCGACGUUUGCCCCGAUCUACCGCGCUUGCCCCUGUUUUCAUGAGCAAGCGCUUCUCGAGCAACGUCUCAUCAGUUCCCAUUCAAUUCUCAUAUGCCUUGUCCAAGUUUGCUAAAGAUCCCGUUCAACGGAUGUUCGAUGACUUGGGCUCUAUCCCAUUACUACGCUAUACCUCGCAGCAUGACGCAGCGCUCGUGCUUGCGACUCCGGAAUUCGCAAAGAUGGUCUAUGACAAAGAUUUCGUCCAGUCUCUUACUAAGACCCUCGCUGGCUCUGGGAACGUAGAAUCGUUCAGCCUCCUUUGCGGAGUUGUUGAUCAUAUUGCCCCGACCGUCGGAUCUUACUCACCCACACCCGGCAUCUCCGUCCUACGCAGUCACCAGAACCACAUCCUGCCUUACAUGUGGCAGCCAGAAUCACAGCUCUCAGAGUCAGAUGCGGAUACAGUUUCUGCACUGUCGUUUAGUCUCGGCAACCGCUUGCUAUCACUGCCUCUGGCGCGCACAACGUUUCACAAUAGCAGAGCAUCAACAUUGGUUGCAUCGAAGCUUGGUUGCAGUGGCAGCACUCCGUCUCUAGACCAGCAAGUCGACAGGCGCUCUCAACAUGCAUUCCUUCCUAUCCAAGCGGAUCAAUUUGAUACUACAAGGCUCUGGGCUCCUCUUGUCCCCUUGACAGCGCGACGAGCCCUAAAGGAGAGCUUUGGCAACAUUAUUCGAACCAUCGACGUCGAUGGACAGACUAUCCCAGCUUCUAUAGAGCUUGAAAGCGUAGUCAAUACACUAUAUAGCCAAGGAAACUCCGCCAAACUGUCUCCUGGGGGUGAAGGCGUCUGGGCUUUGGUUGUGCCACCAGCGGACUCAAAUACCCUGGAAGCGGCAACUAGCCCGGGUUCCAUCCUAGAGGAUAACAGCGAUAUGCAGAUGCUGGCUCUUGCAACUAUGGAAUAUGUUCAGGAUGCCUAUACAUCUGGUGGACGACUAUACAAGAUUUUAAGUGGCGGCGGUGGCUGGGGUGCGAAGAAGGGCCUACUCUCACUAGAUCCUCAAAUAUCACACUUUGCCUUUACUGAAGAGGAGGAAUUGCAGAGAUUCAUGCGAACGAUGGAGAACAGUGGCUUUGCCGCCCCGGGUUCCACAAUCCAGUUUCUCAUGUCUAUGGCGCAUCCGCCGCCAAUGGCCGAGGGCUCUCUCCCGAGCUUCGUUUUUGGCGUCCCUGGACAGGAUGUCGAGUCGCCUGAAGUAUCUGAACCGGGUGAGGAGAGGUGCUUCAUUGGCGGACACUUUGGCGCGUUGUCCAGCGAGGGCGUGUUCAUUGCUCCGUUGGAAAAAGCUGAAACGCUACCUGAUGGCCUACCGGAGGAAAUGAAGCUCAGUGUGCCUAAUUCCCGUGUAUAUAUUGCAAACGAGAAAGAAGGAAUGAGCACACUGGGCAAAGUGGCUGCUGGCAGCGUGGCAGACGCUGGAUUUUUGGCCAUGUUGUUGUAAAAUCCGUCACAUCACUCCUAUACAUGUACCACCAUAACUGUAUAAAUAGUCAUCUAUUUUGUUUAAUAUCAUCAAAAAGUUAAUCAGUCUUCUUCUUCUUUCGCUGCAGUCCUUCUGCCAAGCAAACAGCCACGUCAUCGAGGGUAGUUCCUCUGCUUCGUUUGCCAAUUUUUUCCUUACCCAAGACCAUAUCGUCCGCUACGGCCUUGUAAACGCCUGCGGCUCCCUUAAAUAUAGGUGCAUCCCAACCUCCUUCCUCUUCCAUUGUCUUUCCAAUCUCUUCCAUCUCCUUGACCCAGCGGUAAGCCUUGGGCGGCAUGCCGGGUACCCUUCGUUCCGCCAUGCUCAGGUUUAUGGGCAUGACUUCUUUUAGUUGAAUUUUGAGCUCAUCCAGAACGCCCAUAUUUUGCGCCGUAGCAAAAGAUUGGGUAGCUAUAGCGGUGAAGCCCUUGGCCAUAGAUGCAAAACACAUCUUUAGUCCACUGGCAGCGCCAACAUCUUCGGAGAAUAUCUUCAAACCCAGAAACUUGCCAAGUUUGUCCCCGUCAGGCAGCUUAGAUAGAAAUUCGGGUCCAGAGAGGGGAAGGUUUGGAAUCUCCCAUUCUGAGUCGGACGAAAAGCUAUCAAUUUCGCUUUUGGUUGCUUCAGUGUCGUUUUUGCGCUUGGGCGGUCCUCCAAUGAUGCAGCCGUCGACAAAGGUGACAGGAACCCGAGCCUUUUCGAAAAGAAUGCCAAUGUCCCGACAUGUUGAUGGGGCCACAGCAUUCAUAUCUAUAAAUACAACAUUAUCCUUGGCGGAACCUCCCGACAGCGCAUCUGCAACACGUUGAGCAGUGGCGACGGCAUCUUUGGGUGGGACAAUGGACAAGAUGACCUGGCACUGCUGUACCAAUUCGAGGUCCGAGGGAAGCAUUUCAACAUCUGCCUUCUUUGUUCGUUCAAUUGUAUCUUCGCUAAUUGCCAUGUAAGCCUUCGUGUCGUUUACCCGGAUGUAUUCGUACCUUCUGCCCUGGCAGUUUGUCGCUACCUGGAUGUCCUUGGAUCUUAGGAAACGGGCAAUGCCGGCGCCCAUGUCCCCCAUAGAAAGAACUCCAACUUUUAACGUCGACAUUUUGAAGUGAUUUUUGUUAAAGAAGUAUGAGAUAGCUAGGGAUUCAAGUCUCGUUUUUACUGUCGUUGUAGGUCCGAAGAUCGGAUUACAAACUAGGCGUUCCACUGUGGAUGAGGG